GUUAGAGGUUCAGUAGAAAGUUGAGUACUGAGGCGAGCGCAACCUGCAAUCGGCGGUGCACGUGUUCGGGGAUUCCUUUAAAUAAAUUCCAAUUACUUCCUUUUUUUCUUUGUCAAAUGUGCAACUUGCAAAAGUUUUGUGUCAAUGCCAAAAAUUAGCAAACUCAAAUUACUUAAACAAUUCAGAUUGAGCAGUCUGUCAUCCAGCAAAGGAUCACGCACGGGCAACUCGGCCAACAAUAAGGAACUUAAAGUGCUAACGCUGCUUCAAACUGUACCGUGAACUUUGACCUCUGCCCACUCAGCAUUCCAGUAAACUGCGCAGUUCAAUCUCAAUUGGAAAACACGGAAUUUCAAAAAUUCAAUCAGCAAUUUUAUAGCAAAUUGGUUUGAGUCAACUUAAUACCCAACGGAAGAACAAAAGAAAAAUCCAUCGAAAA